AUGUUAUCCCCGGGUCAAUUGAGUGUUCUUCAUAAAUUCAAGGGGAUCCUCUUUUCCACUGCAUCUUCAAGAGAACUUCUUGAUUCCUUGGAUUCUUUUGAUGCAAGAGAAGAUGAUGUGUUUCUGGUUUCCUACCCCAAAUCUGGCACUCACUGGGUUGCAGAAGUCAUUGAGAACAUUCCCAAUGCAAAAAUAACUAUAACAACUCCUAUUGAAUUGGGAGACAUUUCUAAAUUUGACGAGCUAAAAACGUAUUCUAAGAGAAGAGUCAUUCCUACCCAUUUGAGCUAUGACAUGCUGCCGGUGGAUAUUAAACAAAAGCAAUGCAAGGUUAUCUACAUCAUUAGAAAUCCAAAAGAUACAGCCGUCUCACUCUUCCACUACUACAGAGAUAACCCCAAUCUCCCUUACAUUGAAACAUGGGCUGCAUUUCUGGAGCUGUUCCUCAGAGGAGAUGUUGUGUAUGGAUCCUGGUUUGAUCAUGUUUUAAGCUGGGAAGAGCACAAAAAUGAUAAUGUUCUAAUUAUAUUCUAUGAAGAAAUGAAGAAAGAUUUUUUUAAAAGUUUAAAGAAAAUAACUACUUUCCUUGGUAUGCAUGUGAAUGACAGUGAAAUUAAUAACAUUGCUUGGAAAACAUCCUUCAGUGAAAUGAAAAAUAAAACAGUCAAAGAAAGCCAUGAUCCAAAUCAUACCAUCUGUGCCCUCACAUCUGAGAGGAACCUGGUAUUUAGAAAAGGAGUGGUGGGUGAUUGGAUAAACUACUUUACUUCAAAGCAGAAGAGAGUAUUUGAUGAACUAUUCACAGAGAAAAUGAAACACAGUGAACUGGCAAGACGCUUGAAGGAGUACUCUUAG